GCUUGAACACGCACGAAGUACAGUCAAUAUAUUUUCACAUGGUGAAUGGUUAUAACUUACUGUUUACAAAUAUCAUGAACACAAAACAAAAUCUUACAAUUCUACAUUCAAUUCGGAACAUUGACUAUAUGGAAGACUGAAAAACAGGCGAAACAAAACAAAUCAAAUAUUAUUGAAGCAACUGACAAAUAAUUGGACCAUGAAAGUGAAAAUCAUAGUUAACAGACUUGCUUUAUUUUGCUUUUUCCAAGCCUUUGUAGUAAUAUUAACUAUCAUGUACGUACUUGUAUACGUGCCAGACUUGGUGCUUGUUGAGGACAGCAAACAAUUAAAUUCUGAAGAAGAAAUGGUGAUUUUGGAAAGGGAAUCAGAACAAAAGCGCCAAGAUAUAUUAAAGGAGCGUCGUGCAUUGUCGAAAGGCGUAUCCAGGCAGCUAUCUGGCGGGCAGACCUGCGUGCUGUUUCGUUUUGAUGCAUUGCCUGGACAGGAACAAACUUCUAGUGUUGCUAUGAUAAACGACGGCGAUGAGUAUGCAUAUCUAUCAAAAGAAGGAGAAUAUAUGCCUCAAAAUAUUCCAGAAUGGUUUCAUACAAAAACGGACUAUUGUAAUGGGUGUUUUGUGACAUAUGGCCUAUCAAAAUGUCUUAUUUCUUUAAAAGAAGUAACAAUUUAUCCUAAAUUUGGUCAUGGAAAACCAGGGGGUGAAGAGUUAGAGGAUGUCUUUAUGCAAACUGAAGAGGAAGAAGUAUUUAAAUUGGAUAAAGGUUAUUUUGUUUUAAACUCUAACGAACUUGACUUGUCUGGCGUACAGUUUAAUACAGUUUUGCAGAAAUUUACGAAUGGUCUUCUCAUAAUGAAAGAAACUGACAUAAAUGUAUUAAAUGCACAUAAAAAGCAAGAUAGGAUCGCUGUUAUUACAGCAAGACGCGAAUACGCAAACUUUUAUCAUACAACAAUGGAUUGGUAUGAUAUAUUCUUGAUAAUGGUACUAUUCAAGAUCGAUCUAUACCAUCUUGAGGUAAUCUGGCUCGACGCCCAUCCAAAGUCAAACUUUGAUCCAGCAUGGGAGAUUCUAUUCGGGGUACCAAUCAGAGUUGGGAGUUUAAGUGAUCCAGUGAAGUACGAACAGAUGAUCUGGAAUGGUUUCGGACACAAAAGUCAUAUAAAUCAGCAUCAGAUUGAAUACCUGCCUUUUGUUAACGAGUUCCGUCAUUUUGUUCUGAACCGAUUUCAGAUUAAUGACGAUCACGAGGUAAAUUGUAACGAAUUACGGAUAACCAUUAUCUGGAGACGCCAUUAUAUCGCCCAUCCUAGGAAUCCAUCCGGAUACACCUCCAGACGAAUUGCAAACGAAGAGGAAGUUUGGAGAUCGGUGAAAGAAGCUGACUUUCAAGCGGUUGUGAAUGGUGUACAGCUCGACCGACUCAGUAUGGUUGAGCAGCUCGAACUCGUGUCUAGAACUGAUAUUCUUAUUGGUAUGCACGGUGCCGGACUUUCGCAUAUACUUUACCUACCUGAAACAUCUGGUGUGAUCGAACUUUACCCAAACUACAUGUCUGUUGCCAACGCUCAUUUUCGCGCCAUGUCAAAAUGGCGGCGUUUGCGUCACAUCGUAUGGAUGAAUCAGGAUAACAGUUUAGAAAAGAAGGACCACCAGACGUAUAUUCCAAAGACUGUCAUUCAAGACCUGGUGGAUACUAUUAAAGAAAAUAUUUGUGAAAAACGAAUAGAGUUAUGAACUUUUCUGCAGCAUAUCGAACUAUCUGUACUAAACGCGACUAUUGUUGAAUAAACCUUAUCUGAAAAAUCGAUUAUCAUAUAGCUUUGAUCGGUAUCUUCCGUAAAUUUACGUACUUUUCCGAAAUUAAGCGGGUAUAAACCAUGUUUUCAAUAAUUGCCUCAAUGGCUCAACGUUCAAUCUUAUGUUUACAUUAAAAUGCUAGUGAUAGAAGGAAAACGACAGUAAAUAUGUAGGCAAAAAGAGCUAUGUUGCACCUCAAAAUGGUAGCAACGCAUUUUGGUAGUCACUACCAAAAUUCGGCCGAGUUUUGAUAAUCACUACCAAAAUGCGUUACACUCAACGCAAUUUGGAAGUUUACAAAAAUGUAGUACCAAAAUGAGUUUGAUAUGUAAACAUCCAACGCAAAACGGUAUUAAUAAUAAUCUCAUGAUUUACAAAAAGAAUAUUUUGUGACGAAUGGAUAAUAUUAUAGAUUAUUAAAGAGAGUCAUAAUGGAAUUUAGUCGCUCAUUCGGCCUUGACCUUUUGACCUUGAAAAUAUAACUGCUCUAGAUUCAAUCAAGCAUGACCAUUGGAACGCACGUGAGAGGUCAAUGCAACUCUUAACUUUGACAUACAUCGAGAGGUAUUGACGGAACUUGGCACAACUGUUCACUACAAUUAUUUGAUGCGUCGAUCGCAUGACCCUGUGACAGGUUUCACAAACGCCCGUAAGUAAGUACAGACUGUUUGAGAUUAAAAUUCAGGAGAUUCACGAGAAGAGGUCACAUAAGACAGGUUGUAAAAUACCUUUAAAAGUAUAUACAAGGUAGACAUGCAACCUUUAUCCACCAAAAAAAGAAUCUGUAAAUCUAAUGACGGAGAAUCCAGCUUUUGGAAAAUUAUUCCAGUAAGCCCACGCCCACAUUUUACCAUUCUUUUACGUUGUGUUUCAAAGAUUUCUGCGGCGGACUCUCGAAACCCACACCUUUAAAGAGAAAAAACUUUUUUUGCCGGAAUUAUUAACCUAAUACCCCUAAAACACGCACAGAAUUCACCAUUUAUGUUUAUUUGGGAUGUUUAUAAAAUUAUCUAGGUGGAAGACUCGCGUGCCAUCUACACAUUUAUACUUCGUUUUACAGAAUUCAUCAUGUUCAUGAUUUAAAAUAUCUCAGUGGACAAUCCCUCCAACAACACUAGCACAACAUUAAAACAACAAAACAAUACAAUGUUACUGCAUAUGAAGCGUCGUUUGAGGCCCCUUUCACACGCUCAGGAAUAUAAAUCUUAGUUGUUUUUAUACGAAAACCAUAUCUUGGGAGCGGAACUCUCUUUUGUGCGUAAUGUAAAAAUGGGCACAGCCCCUGAUGUAGAUAAGAAAAAAAACUACCAAAGAACGUUCCAUUCCAUGAUCCUUAACGCAUCAUAUGUACCCUUGCAACACAUUUUGUCGCUACCAAAACUCGGCCGAAUUUUGGUAGUGACUACCAAAAUGCGUUGCUACCAUUUUGAGGUGUAACAGAGCUAUAAUUAUAUCAGCAUUUUAACGUUCAAGAUUAAUUUGCGAUGAGCAUUUUUGUGUUUAAUUAAUUCAAUGCCAAAGCAUAUUAAUUCAUUUUACAUGUUUACUUAUUAUUCUAUUAUUGAUUGACUUAAAUUUUUGCUUUAACUGAAAUAACUAAAUGUUAAUAUUUCUUCUUAAUGCAUGUUUAAAACACGUUAACCAUCUGCCUCUUUUUUCUUAUUUGUUAUAAAUGCAAACUGAACAAAUAUAAUUCUUCUAUUUUCUAUUUCUUGAUUGUUUAAAUCACAUUUAACUGUCCUGCGUAAAGAAUGUAGUUUUAUCACGUUCUAGUUUUUGCACACAAUAAAAUAAGUUUCAUCAUUUAUUUUAAUACCGUUGGUUUUAAACACGCUUUCUUAUAACAUUUGCAGAAUCCCUCGGAAUACGUCGGAUACCAACCAAUCCCUCGGGAUUCUGCAGAUGUUAUAACACGAAAAAACAUGCGUUAUCCCUACAUUAGAAACAAACCUCAUAUUCUAAUGUUCAUAACAUGACCAAACUUAAAUUCUAAAGAAAGAUAAUUUUUAGCCAAAAACAUAUCAAAUUUGAAGUAGACAACAUAAAGUAUAAUUUGUUUAUUUAGAGAACGAAUAAACCUAAUUAUUAUUUCAUGGAUUCUCAGUUUAUUGCUGCAAUUAAAUAUCUCCUUUCUUUCAAUGAAACUUUUGUAAAAGUGCAAAAUAUCCGCUAUAAUAAAAAUGAAUAGUGAAUAUGACUUUUUGUCUUUUUUUUAUAUACUAGUAGUAUAUUUUUUUUUGUACUAUGUUUUGAGGCUUCAGACCAUAAACAUAAUUGCAGAAUUAUCACCCCUGAACAUUGUCAUUGCAGAAUCUGUUUUUCCUAUGUUUCUUUUUAUAUAUUACAUUUUACUCAUUUGUAUGUGUGUAUUUGUAAGGUUAGCAUGGGAUGGUUCCCCGACCCAUGUUUAACCAUGUGACGGGGAGAAUAAACGGGGUUACCCAUUGGGGCCUCAAAAAAAAAAAAAAAAAAAUACCCGCUAUAAGCCCCCAUUUUUACCGUUUAUUACCGCUUAGAAUGCUUUUUAGAUUUUUUUUUUAUAAAAGGCAAUAAAAGUAACAAGCAAGGGAUGACUACUUACUGUAAGCCUAGAAAUGUUGGAUAUGCUGUAACAUGACAUAAUUAUUUUACAUUGGAUUAAACAUUUCUACCACUUUGCAAUAUGUGUUUAAUAAAAGCGUAUUGGGAAAGAAUCGAGGGUUUUGGCAGGAAAUGUAAGG